ACACACACAAAAAAGAAAUUCUAGACUUCUGUAUUUAUUAGCCUAUUGUUUACCAACGUUGUUCAUAGGUCAAGUCGUUACCACGUGAAUCGCCUCAUGUGAUCAAUAACACUUCAGCCGGGAAUGGCUGCUUGAACGUUAUGUUUACAGUGGUUCUAUCGAACUCUCCCUUCCGAACUGAGUUAACACUUAAUUACGGUUAUUAUAUACGUUAAGCGGAUAAUAUUCUAACAGAAUAUCGGAAUUAAAAAUGGCAGUUCCUAUCUUUUUUAAAAUUCUGGGAAUAUUCCUUAUCGUAUACUUAAUUUUCUCAAAUUCUUCUCUGAAUCUGGACUUCAAACCCGUUUCCUAUAAAAUUUCGCUUCCAAAAGCGUUUGAAGGACCCUUAACUGUAAACAAUAAUUUGAGUGACGCGGAACAUAUUUUUGAAGGACAAAUAACGAAACCAGAAUCGCUUGCUCUUCUAAAUGGAGUUAUUUAUACAGGAAUAUCAGAUGGAAGGAUAGUCAAAAUAGAAAAUAAUAAAAUUUCAACUGUAGCGCAGAUUGGAAACAAAUGCGAAGGAAUAUGGGAACAACAUAAAUGUGGCCGUGUCUUAGGCUUGAAAUUCGAUAGUAAGAACAGACUUCAUGUAGUCGAUGCGUAUUAUGGAGUGUAUGUUAUUGAUAUACAAACAGGUAAAGUCACUUCAUUACUAAAGUCGUCAGCCAUAAUUGAUGGAAAACAAUUGGUCUUCAUUAAUGACGUUGCCAUCGAUGAUGAUGGUAUUAUAUACAUAACAGAAUCAAGUAAUCGAUGGCCAUUAAGUAGAGUUUUGUACGUAGUCCUCGAACACGAAAGUACAGGACGAGUUAUUAAAUUUGACCCAAAGACUAAUAAUGCCACAGUCUUGAUCGAUGAUUUACACUUUCCAAAUGGGAUCAUUCUCUCUCAUGAUAAGAAAUCACUUCUAAUUGCUGAAACAAAUAAUCAUAGAAUCUUGAAAUAUAAUCUAGAUGCCAAAGCAUCAGAAAAGUUGGAAGUGUUCGUUGAGGGGUUACCAGGAGAACCAGACAAUUUGAGUUAUGGCACAAAGAACAGCUAUUGGGUAGGAUUAACUUCUGGUAGAAAUGCGUCCAAGCCAAAUUUGAUGGAUUUAACUUCCCAAUAUCCAAUAAUCAAGAAAAUAUUUGUUGAAUUUCUAUAUUUUGUUGGAUUCUUAUUUAGAAGCAUCUCUCAAUUUUUAUAUUCAGAGAGAUUCAAGACGUUAGCAUUUGAGAUUGAAACUGGGCAGAUUUUUGUACCAAUAAUUCCAAAUUAUGGUAUGAUUAUUGAAGUUAAUAAUGACGGAGAAAUCAUUAAGAGUCUUCAUUCUCCAGAUGGAAAGAUGACGUAUAUUUCAGAAAUCUUGGAAUUCCAGAAUCACUUGUAUUUAGGAUCUUGGAGAAAUAAUUUUUUGGGAAAACUGAAACUCUAAUUUUUUUAAUGAUUUAGAGUUAAAAUAGAGUUUGUCCACGUCAUCUUCACCCAUGCUUUUGAAUAAUAUUUUCACAUUAAAUAGUAUAGUGAUAUAUAGAAAAAUAUCCAAAAUUAACUGUAAAUUAUGGCAUGACAAUACUCCAUUGCUCAAUUGUUUUGCAACAUUGUUCCUUUAUGAAACUGUGCAA